CUCCAAGGCAGCUAGGAAAACUCUAGGAGAGAUCCAGCUGGGGAGAAAGUCCGCGGUUUCGUUUUCAGGGACAGGUUGCUUUUCUAGGGCUUCUGCUAGUUUUUACCCGGGGAAAGCUUAGACACAGUCACCCAGGGCGAAGAUAGGGAGAAAAGAGAGGCACUGGGGACCCCCGAGUGCACGCACUCAUACGCAUUCUCUUAAAAAAAAAAGCCUUUUGUUUUCCUGAUUCCCUUCCCCAAGGGGAAUUAACUCCCAGCCAGAAAAGCCGCCUAAGUGAAAUUUUACUUGAUUGGACUGUGUCAGGGACUCUCUAGGGCUUGUAUUGACCCCAGCAAAGGAUGCUGAAGAGGGAGCUAGCGGAGCUGCUAGGUGCGGCGCCGGACCUUGGAUGGCCUUGACUGACGGUAAUUGGUGCCUGUUGAAGCGGUGCGGGGCCGGGGCUUCAGACGCCAGCGACUCUUGUCCCUUCCCAGGGAGGGAGCCUUCUUCCCCACCUUCCCCUCUCUCCUCUUCUUCCUCCUCUUGCUGCUCCCGGGGGGGCGAGCGGGGCCCCGGAGGCACUGGUUCCUGCAGGACGCCCCAGCUAGACUCGGACGGGGCUGGGACCCCGGCUCGAUCGUUGUUGCUCAGCUCUUACGCCCCACACCACUUCGGGCCCCCCCACGGCCCUUCGGCACCCGGGGUCGGAAGCCAGGGGAGCGCCCUGUCGGGCUGGGAGGAUCUACUGCUCUUCACUGACCUCGACCAGGCCGCGACCGCUAGCAAGCUGCUCUGGUCCAGUCGCGGCAGCAAACUGAGCCCUUUCGCAGCUGCGGAGCAGCCCGAGGAGAUGUACCAGACCCUCGCGGCCCUCUCCUCCCAGGGACCAGCGGCUUACGACGGCGCGGCCGGCGGCUUCGUGCACUCUGCUGCCGCGGCCGCAGCGGCGGCUGCAGCCGCCGCCAGUUCUCCAGUGUAUGUGCCCACCACCCGCGUGGGCUCCAUGCUUCCCGGCUUGCCUUACUUACAAGGCGCUGCCAGCGGGCCUCCUAAUCACCCUGGCGGCGGGCAUCCCGGCUGGCCCCAGCCUUCAGCCGACAGCCCCCCGUAUGGCAGUGGAGGUGGCAGCAGCAGCGGCGGAGGCAACGCGAGCAGCGGUGGUUCGCAUACUUCUGCCCGCUUCCCUUAUUCGCCUAGCCCUCCAAUGCCCAACGGCGCGCCACGGGAAUCCAGCGGCUACGGGGCCAGCGGGAGCAGCGCAGGCAGCAGCAGUGGCGGGGGAGGCAGCAGCGGGAGCCUUGGAGCCAUGGGCAGUCGGGAGCACCAGUACAGUCCGCUGGCUGGGCCUCGGCCCCUGAAUGGAUCUUACCACCAUCACCACCAUCAUCACCACCACCCCGGCCCCUACUCGCCCUACGUGGGAGCGCCGCUGACGACUGCCUGGCCCGCUGGUCCCUUCGAGAACUCCGUUCUGCAUAGCCUUCAGAGCCGAUCAGGGCCUCCGCUCACAGUGCCCCGGGGCCCAAGUGCAGAACUGCUGGAGGAUUUGUCGGACAGUCGAGAAUGUGUCAACUGCGGUUCUAUCCAGACGCCCCUGUGGAGAAGGGAUGGGACAGGCCACUACCUAUGCAAUGCCUGCGGGCUCUACAGCAAAAUGAAUGGGCUCAGUCGACCCCUCAUCAAACCCCAGAAAAGAGUGCCUUCAACACGGCGGCUUGGUUUAUCCUGUGCCAACUGUCACACCACAACCACCACCCUGUGGCGUAGAAAUGCAGAGGGUGAACCUGUUUGCAAUGCAUGUGGGCUCUACAUGAAACUUCAUGGGGUCCCCAGGCCACUUGCUAUGAAGAAAGAGGGAAUUCAAACCAGGAAGCGAAAACCAAAGAACAUAAAUAAGUCAAAGGCAUGCUCUGGUAACAGUAACAAUGCAGUUCCUAUGACUCCAACUUCUACAUCUUCUAACUCCGAUGACUGCAGCAAAAAUACUUCUCCUACCACACACACCACAGCCUCAGGGGCGGGAUCCUCAGUGAUGUCUGGUCCAGGAGAGAACACUAGCCCUGAAAGCACCGCUCUCAAGUAUUCAGGUCAAGAUGGGCUGUACUCAGGAGUCAGCCUGACCUCCACGGCUGAAGUUACAGCGUCUGUGAGACAGGAUUCAUGGUGUGCUUUAGCACUUGCUUGAUUCAGUGGAAAAAGGAAGUUGGGAGACCUCCAUGGAUGGGGGAUGGGAGAGAGGGCGCCUCGACCUUUAGACGCCCACAGUUUCUGUAAUGUUUUUUUUCAAGCAGUCUAUACAGCAGUGAAGAUGCUGGCAGAACUUUCCUCUGAUGUGUCAUUUUUUGUGCCUUUAUUGUGAUAGAGGUGUUUUUCCAAAGAGGCUUUCUGCCUUACCGUCCAACUCCUCAUCUAUGCAAGAGAAAUGAGAGAAGAUGGAUUUCUUCCAGGGUAAAGAUAAUACAACCAAAGAGAAUAUCGUCCUUCCUCCUCUAUUGUUAGGCCUGCUUCAUGCGUCUUCAACACAGCCAGCCAGUCAGCCAGCCCAGCCUGCCUGCCUGCCUCUGGGAUGCAGGAUGCAUGCUGAUGUGACUUCCUCGUCCUUGCUUCCACAUGCUGGAUAAAGGGACUUAUCUGGGGCUGUCAUUCUAAAGGAUGCCGGGAGAGAUUUAAGAAGACAAAAAGAGUUCUGAGCAUUGAUUGCCCCAAAUAACACACAGUUUGAGCUAGAAUUCUGAUGUCCUUGAAACUGACCAACAGCUUCUUCAUGACCACAGACUUUCUUCCUAACUUUUCACAUCAGAGCUCCUAUGUGAACACUCAUGGAAGAAAGCAAAAUGGGGCUGUUUGGCACAAGUCUCCCAAGGUCGAGCUGGUUCCUGAUGUCUUUCAUUAAAAAUAUUCCUCAGUUUUAAGACUGCGUUAUAACUUUGUAACAUACACUGUGACUGAGGUUUUUGAAAGUUCAUCUUCUGUAUGGCUGAUGUGAAGUCAGUCAGAAUUUGUAAACAGGGUAGCAAACAAGAUAUUUUUCUUCCAUGUAUACAAUAAUUUUUUAAGAAGUGCAAUUUGCGUUGCAGCAAUCAGUGUUAAAUCAUUGCAUAAGAUUUAACAACAUUUUUUAUAAUGAAUGUAAACAUUUUAACUUAAUGGUACUUUAAAUAAUUUAAAAAAGUUAACUAGACAUCUUUGUGCAUUUUUUCUUCUUUCUUUUUUUUUUUUUUUUUUUUACCAAGAACAUCCCAUCUCUAUAUUUCCUAUUUGUUAGACAAAACAUAUUUCAAGAACAAAUCUUCUCUCAGGAAAAUUGCCUUUCUCCAUUUGUUAAUAAGUUUUAUACAAAAAAUGCAAAUAUAGCCCCAUUAUUUUACUGUGGAAUAUGUGCUAGAAAGUUAGAAAGAUUGCAAUGAAACUUUACUACCUAACUGAUACAUUUGUAAAUACUCCAUGAAAUGUUUAGGCAUCUUUUAAGAGUUAGGAUGCGGUCUGUAUAGUGUGACUAACCCAGAGGUAGGUUAGUUUACAAUUUUUAAAAAAAAAGUGGGAUGUCAUUUGGAAGCUUAUUCUUUCACCAGAGCUUUAAAAAUAAAAGGGUAUUGUUUGUUUGUUUGCUUUUCUGUACAA